AUGCCACUACAAGUUCAUCAUAACAUCAUUAUAUUAAAAUGGUUAUUCAUAAUAUCUAUUUUACUAUCGUUAAUUCAAUCAGUCUCGUCAUAUCCAAAUCCAGUCUCUAAUGUUGAUCCUCGUUUCGGUCAUACUGCAACUCUUAUAAAUGAUACUAUAUAUUUUGUAGGUGGAAGAACAAAUGAUAAUGUUUUUACUAUUGAUUUUAUUAGCCUUAACAUCUCUCUCGAGUUCCAAAUAAAUUUACCUCCAUGGAUGGAACUUGAUUCUACAGGGAUGCCAAGAACUAUUUUCCACUCUGCCGUAUCCGGUGGAUUAAAUAAUUCGAAAAUUGUGGUUUUUGGUGGUACCGUAGAUGAUCCUGCUUCGGCUGCCAUGACAAGUUUAACAAUUUAUGAUCCAUCAUAUCCUUUAUGGACUCCUCAAAUAAUCUCUUCAACUCCAACAAGACGUCAUUCACAUUCAGCUGUUAUAUUAUCAAAUAAAAUUAUGUUAAUUUAUGGUGGUGAAGUUACUCCCACAACUGGUAAUAGUUUUGAUGUUGAUGAGUUAUGGGGAUUUAACUCUAUUUCUUUAUCUGGAUGGCAAGGUUUUCCAUCUUUGGCUAAUUAUCCUGGAAUAAGAGAACGUCAUACUGCUAGUGUUAUAGGGAAUAAGAUGAUUAUUUUGGGUGGUUCUGACGGUAAAUCAUCUGUCCCUAUGAGUAAUGUAUAUGUUUUUGACUCGGAUACCGUUGAUUGGUCUUUAGUUACUGCUAUUGGUCAAGUUCCUUCACCAAGAGAAGCUCAUUCAGCUGUUGUAUUUGGUGACGUUGCAGUUCUUGACACAACAAAUUGGAACUGGGUAGCACCUCCUACUAAUAACACACCUACAGCUCGAUUUCUACAUACAGCAACAAUCAUUGGUGCAAAUAUGAUUAUUGCAUUUGGAAGAACUACACCUGGACAAGGAACUGAAACUAUUGAUAAUCAUAUAUAUUGUUUAAAUUUAUUAACUUGGACAUGGGUAGAUAGAUACGUUCCAUUAUCUUUUCCAUCUGGUCAACCUCUAAUAAAACUACCAUCAUCGACUACAAGAACUUCAGCCACCUCAAAUCAAACACCAACAUCUUCAAAUUCAUCGAUUAGAAUUAGCUAUAGGAUUAUUAGUUUUAUUAAUAUUAAUUUUUUAUUUCGUUUAAAUGAUGAUAAUUAUGGUGAUGGAUCAAAUCAACCUGAUAUUGAACAAUCAACUCAACCACAAAAUUCAAUAUUUGUAAAUAGAUUACUUGGAAAUACUAGUGAUAAUAAUAUUAAACCUUCUGAUCCUGAAGAUAGAAGACGUAGUGUGAAGUUUAGUGAAACUAAUACAACUAUACCUGUAUACACAAAAGGUCAUCAUCCUCAAGGAAGUGUAGAAGUUGAACUUGGUGAUACUAAUGAUGUUAAUGGAAUCGAUAUAUUAGGACUAACUGUAGAAGAUAAUAAAAUUCACGUUCAAUUACAACCACAUGAUGGUGCAUCUGUGGUGAUAAGAGAAUUAAGAGUUGUUAAUCCGGAUAUUAUAAAUCCGGAUAAUACUGAUCAAGAAGACAAUUAA